CAGAAGGCGGCGGUAACGCAGCACCUUAUUAAACUUGGUUAAAAUCUGCCAUACAACUCAAGCGAAGAAGAAAUUCCUUCACGUGUACCUAAUCAACCUAGCCCAGAUAAGGAUGACUGAGGCAUUCAGCAGCAACUGUGAGUUGGUUCUUCAACAGAGCGUGAAUGUUACGUCAGAGAGAAACGUUCAUCGGGAGAACCUUGUGGAGGUCUAUCAGAUUGACGAAACCUGUCAAUUUAUAAACAGUAACCUUUUUACCAAGGUGGCCCUGCAGUUCCCAGAUGAGCUCCUAGUGGAUUCAGUUGCAGUUGCUGCAGAGAUUGAGAGAAGAACCAAAUCUAAGCUGUUCAUACUAGGAGACACAUCAUAUGGAAGUUGCUGUGUUGACGAAGUGGCAGCAGAACAUGUAGGUGCAGACUGCAUCGUGCACUACGGGAGUGCUUGCCUUAGUCCCUCCAAAAGGCUUCCAUUAAUGUACGUGUUUGAUAGGAGACCGUUGGACCUGAAGAAGUGUGCUUCAUCCUUCAGAGAAUUCUACACAGACAGACAGAGUCAUGUCAUUGUUCUCUAUGACGUUAACUAUGCCCAUAUCAUAGACAACCUUUUAGCGCUCCUGUUGCUUGAGUAUCCAAACAUAGUGAACUCAACACUUGUUGUAGAUGGUGAACUCUGCCAUGGUCAUGGACAGAUUCAAAAGCAAACAAAUGACACAAGUCACUUGGCUGACAACAAUGCUGAAAUUAUUAAUCAGUUUGGCAGGCAAAUGGUCUUAAAAAAUGGACUAAGCAUAGAGGACUACAAUGUGUUCUUCAUUGGACACGAAGGUUCAACUUUAACAAAUUUCAUGAUGACUUGGAACAAGUGCUCUUUUUGCUCAUUUGACCCUGUAACAAUGUCAGGGCGGUCAGAGUCCAUCAGUAUUAACAAGGCCUUGAUGAAGCGAUUCUAUGCCAUUGAGAGGGCUAAAGAUGCGAAGGUCAUCGGGAUUCUUGUUGGGACACUGGGCGUGGCAAACUACCUCACAAUCAUUGAGCAGCUAAAAGAGACCAUCCAUAAGGCAGGGAAGAAGAGCUACAUGUUUGCCAUGGGAAAACUGAAUGUGGCCAAAUUGGCCAACUUCAUGGAGAUUGACAUUUACGUUUUGAUCGCCUGUCCGGAGAACUCGUUGCUGGAUUCGCGUGAUUUCUACAAGCCUGUAGUGACCCCUUAUGAGAUGGAGAUGGCCUGCAACAAGAACAGGGAGUGGACGGGACAGUAUGUCACAGACUUCAAUCAACUCCUUCCAGGUGGAGCAAGUCAUGUUCCAUUGCCCAGUCCUGCAGAGCUAGAGGACUCAGAUGAGACGGAUGUGUCGCUCAUCACUGGAGCUAUGCGCACCAUGCAUCACCCCUCCUACAGCUCUGCCUCGUCCUCUGUCAUGCUGAGGAACCAGACGCUUACUAUGGCAAACACUACCACAGCUGCCUCAUUCCUGGUGGGUCGUAGCUGGCAGGGCUUGGAGCAGAAACUGGGAAAGACACCAGUGACGAAGGCUCUGGAGGGGAAGAAAGGUAUCGCAAUCGCCUAUGAAGAAGAUAUAGACUGGGUUGGCCAAAGUGCAACAUAAUUAAUGUCAUCA